CUAGGGAAACCUUGCCUCCUUGUUCCCCGCCUCGAUCGUCCGGCUAGAUGUGGCAUCCUAUCGAGAGAUAUGUUGGAUUUUUUACAACAUAUGUUUGAUGUACUCUAGUUUUCAUUGUGUUUGGAGUGUCUGUAGUUUCCCGUCUCUUCAUGUAAGAGAUACCGACCAUAUUGUAAGAUUCCUAUCAUUGAAAAUCGGCACUUUGUCCAAAUCCAUAAGACAAUCAAGGUUUGCGGUUAUAUUUUUGUGCAAAGACUUUUAUGCAGUAUUGUUUUGGAUUAUCUGUAUCAUAUUAUAUUCUCGUGAGAUCACACGCUAACUGAAGUUCCACCAGGUGCAUGUUGAGGAGUUGAAAUUACGAUGACUUAAUUAUGGGAUGGUUACUAUGGUUCCUAAGAUGAAUGAUGCUGCAACUAUCACUUGCCCGGUUGGUCAAAGUAUCUUAGCCGGUGCAAUCUUCAUAUCCUCUUUUGUACCUCAAAUAUUCCCGAUCGAUGAUACAAACAUAAUUUUAUUCUUAGAAAACAAUUCAACCUAAAUAUGAUUCUCCCUUAAAAUAAAUAAACAUUGCGAUGUAAGAAACACAAGAAGUGAUGACAAAACAUCCAAUACAUACCCUAAAAGGUCAUCGAAUAUAUGUGCGGCGAGUGUUUCGCCAAAUUGUUCUUUUAAUAGAACACCACUGAAAAAAAAUAAAAACUAUUUCCUCCGUAAAUAUUUCUUUACAGAGGGAGUACUUCUACAAUUUUACCACCAGCUCGUUUUCCUUGGUCUUGCGUCUACAUUUCCAUUUUGCAAAAAAAAAAACAGUUUUCUUUUGGAGCACUUCUUGCAUCUUCGGAAAAACAAAAACAAAAUUUUCAGCCGUGUGGCCUGUGCUUUUUUUCUUUUGUCUUUUUAUUAGGGGUAUAUAUGCGGCCUGGGCUCGCACAGCAGACACGGUCGACGCAGGCCCACGCGAGCCCACUGAAGCAGCAGCUAGUCGGCACUACGAGACGGACGGGAGACUCGCGGUGGGUCAACCAACCAGUCGUUCUCCUCCUCCUUGUCGUCCGCCGCCGAAGUUGAAAAAGAAGUCCACUCCGCCGGCCGCCGUCCUCCACUGCUGACUUAUCUCUUGGCCGCGCCACUUGUAGUGGAGGAUACAUUGGCUGGCGAGCGAGCAGGAGAGCGGAGCGAGCGCUAGCGGAGGUCGUGCGCCGGCGACGUCAUCGUUUUAAGGCAGUUCCUCCUGCAACGCAGAGCUCUGUGGAAGAUAAGCCCCGAUCCAUCACUUAUUGAUGAUCCACAGUUACUACAACUUGGGAGCUCCGCAGUUUCUUCAAGUUCCCUGACGAUGCGGUUCCUAUCAUCCGUGGAUCUGGCUUGUCAUCCACGGAUGGCCGUGGUUAUCCUCCCCCUCCUCCUCCUGCUCCUGCCCCUCGUGCCGCCCGCCGCUGCCCAAUCUUGGCCAUCUUGUGGCAACAGCGGUGUCUACGAAUCAGAUAGCACCUACGAAGCCAACCUCAGGCACCUCUCAUCCACCCUCCCGAAGAAGGCAGCAUCCAGCACCACCCUCUUCGCCACCGACACCCAUGGCAAUGUUCCGAAUGUCAUCUUCGCCCUCGCACUCUGCCGCGGGGACUCCAACGCCUCUGCCUGUGAGGGCUGUUUGGUUACCGCCUUCCAGGACGGACAGGACAACUGCCCCGACAGUAAGGACACCACCGUGUACUACAAUGGUAAUCCCUGCAUGCUCAGGUUCUCCAACAAGAAUUUUCUUGCCACCACCGACAAUGACAAAAUACUCGUCAUUGCGACUUUUGCGAGCAUGGAAAUGCCGCUCAACACCUCGAUAAGACACGACUCCUUCAGGUUCUUGUUGUUCACACUUCUGAACAACACAGCUCAAUCGGCUGCGAACAGCUCGAGGAGGUUCACCACCUCGCGCUUAGAUGUCAGCUCCCUCCCGACGGUCUACUGCCUUAUGCAGUGCACGCCCGACCUGACCGCUGAUGACUGUGCAGCCUGUUUCCAUCCUUACUCCUCGUUAACGUUCAAGCACAUGGACGAUGGGAAAGGUGGUCAAAUUCUGGGGACACGGUGUAGCAUGAGGUACGAGAUAUACCCAUUCUUCCAAGGGAAGCCCAUGCUGCGUAUUAUCAACUUGGCAUCUGCAGUUCCGGCGAUCAACAACACCUUGCCGCCAGUUACAGUGUACCCGCACCGGCAGUCACAACCGCAGUCACCGGUUGCGGCACCACCACCUCCGGAGGCACAAGCGAGCACCCAAGAACUUCAUGGACGCAACUCACACCGGAAGGCGCUGCGGAUUAUUGCUAUUGCAGCUCCAUUACUGUCAAUAUUUAUGUGCUUUAUCUGUUGCAUUGUAUGGAUGACAAGACGAAGAAAAGGAACUGAUAUCUUACACGAUCAAGCUGCCACGAAUAAGCUGGAAGAAGACGCAUUGGUUUCGAGAUUGGAAGACAAGAGUUCAGAGUUCACUCUCUUUGAAUUUUCUGACAUAUUCCAUUCUACACACAACUUCUCCAAAGAAAACCUACUUGGGCAAGGUGGUUUUGGUCCUGUCUACAAGGGCCAGUUACCAGAUGGAGUGGAAAUUGCAGUUAAAAGGCUUGCCGCACAUUCAGGACAGGGUUUCACUGAAUUCAAAAAUGAAGUUGAACUUAUUGCAAAACUACAGCACAAUAAUUUGGUCAAGCUCAUAGGAUGUUGCAUUGAGGGAGAGGAAAAACUUUUGGUGUACGAAUAUUUGCCAAAUAAGAGCUUGGACUUCUUUAUCUUUGAUGUUAGCAGAACAACAUUGGUUGAUUGGAAUAAAAGAUGUGUGAUAAUCGAAGGGAUAGCCCAAGGUCUACUGUAUCUCCACAAGCACUCUCGGUUGCGCAUCAUACACAGAGACCUUAAGGCCAGCAACAUUCUCUUGGACCAGGGCAUGAAUCCCAAAAUUUCUGAUUUUGGGCUAGCAAAAAUUUUCAGCUCCAAUGAUACUCAAGGAAGCACAAAGAGGGUGGUGGGAACAUAUGGUUAUAUGGCUCCGGAGUAUGCAUCUGAAGGCAUUUACUCGAUCAAAUCUGACGUGUUCAGCUUUGGUGUGUUACUUCUCGAGAUCCUUAGCAGACAAAGGAAUUCUGGUUUCCAUCAGCACGAAGAUUUUCUUAACCUCCUUGGAUAUUCAUGGCAGCUCUGGGAAGGAGGAAGAUGUUUUGAGCUUCUAGAAGCAUCAAUUGCCAAGGAGAUCCACGCAGCUGAGGCAAGGAAGUACAUUAACAUUGCACUAAUGUGCGUACAAGAGCACGCAGAUGAUCGACCGACCAUGUCAAAUGUCGUUGCGAUGUUAAACAGCGAGAGUUUUAUUCUUCCAGAGCCUAAACAUCCAGCAUACUUCAGCCUAAGGGUAUCUAAGGUAGAUGAAUCGGGUAAUAAUGACGUAACCGUCUGCAGUAAUAACGACUUAACCAUCACUGAGGAGCCAGAUGGCAGAUAGUUGAUCACUUUGCUUCAGUUGUUAAUGGAAGUGCUAGCAAUCAGACAGCAGGCAGACAGACCAGGUCAAGUGAACUAGGGCAGACCAAGUAAGCCUAUCAUAUUUUGGUUAUGAAGGAUGGCGACCGGCGCAUCUCUGUAGCCGUUUUUCGGUCCUGCGGUGAAUGAAGCUCUGCCGGUAUGCAUAGGCUGUAUUGAUAUGCAGGUUAAUGCUGCAUUUAGCUUUUGUGCACCGCACCAUCAUUUUCCAUUGGUGGCUGCUGCUGUAGACUUUAAAGGAAGACUUGAAAUCCAAAGGAUUUCAAUCUGAUAAGUGAUAACAGAUGCAUUUUUCCACUGGUGGCUGCUGCUGUAGACUUUAAAAGAGGACUUGAAACCCAAAGGAUUUCAAUUUGACAGAAUCCUGCUGGGUAAAGUAUUUGUUGCAUCUAUACGCGCCUUUCAUGUUUUCCUGAAAGUUAAUUCCAUUGACAUGCCAGGCUAACUAGAAUAUUGAUAUGAUUGUAGCAGUUUUAUACUGUUAUGAAAACAAGCAUUUCCAUAGAGUUGUCAUGGUAAGGACAACAUGAAAGAGUUCUUCCUUUUGGUGAUUAGCCUGCUAAUGAUGGAUAAGUUCAUUGACUGUAUUACUCACUGCUAAGGACAGAAUAUCUUGAUUAAAAUUUUCACGCAAAAUUCAUCUAGAAAGUUUAUACCUUCAAUGAUUUAAGGUAUGUUCAUACUAUUUAAAAUUUCCUGUGUUUCUUCAAAAUUAUCAAGAGUUAUCGAGUUGUGCAAGGCAGUUUGCUGAAGGCAGGUGCGGGCCGACCAUUUUUCCCGUGAGCUGUUUUUCUUCUUGUUUUCUCUUCGGUUUUUUAGUAGUUUUUUUCCAAAAAAAAUCCUGCAUUUUUUUACGAGCUAGAUAUUUAUAACCCUAUUAGAAAAUAGAAACAUAUAUUUUAGAAAACUGUUCAGUGUAUGUUUUAUAAAAAAGUUCAAUGUAUAUUAAAAUAAGUUCUCCGUGCAUUAGAAAACUGUUUGAUGUGUAUGAAAAAAAAUGUUUUUUUACGAUGUAUUAUAAAAAUGUUCGGUGACAUACAAAAAAAUUGUCCGAUGUAUACAAGAAAAAUGUUCAUCGCACAUCAUAAAAAAGUUUACUGUAUAUUAAAAAAGGUCACAGUGUACUAAAAAGUUUUUAAUGUUUUUAAAAAUAUGUUCGAUAUAUACAACAAAACGUUCAUCAUAUAUCUUAAAAAAGUUUGGCCUGUAUACGUAAAAUGUUCAACAUAUAUAUUAAAAUAAUCAUUGCGCAUUUUAAUAAAUCCCUGUAUAUUAGAAAAAAAAUUGUUCGCCGUAAAAAGAAAACGAAAAACAAAAGAAAAAUUAAAGCUAAAAAAAGGGGAAAAGGAAAAAAGAUUAUGGCAGAAGAAAAAAAGAGAAAAAAAAGAAACAGAAAACAGCCAACCAAGGAAGGACACUUGGGCUGGCCCAUUUAUGAGUGCCCUCAGC